AUGACAAGAACACGUACAAUUAGACAAAGAACAACAAUUUUUAAUCCUCAAUCUUCUCAUGAAGGAAUUAUUAAACAUUUAAAUCAAACUAAUCUUCAAUUACAAUCAAUUGAUAACAUCAACAACAACAACAAUCAAUUUAUAAUUGAAAAUAGAUAUACUAUAAAGUUAGAUACCAAUCAACAAUACAAUCACAUUGGACAAUUCCGUUUACAAACUAAAUUUAAUAGAACUAAAGAUUUAGGUGAUAAAAUAUUCCCAACUGAAUUUAAUCAUGGUAUAAAUUUAUAUAUCAAUCCUCAUUCUCGGGUUCAAACUGAAGAAGAUGUAGUGGUAUUCCAUAAGCAAGUUAAGAAAUUAUUAUAUGAAUUAAUUGGUAUUGAAGUUGAUAACUCUAUGUUAAUAAAUAAUCAUAACUCAUUAUAUUAUCAUAAUGUCAAUCCAAUUAAUUUAAAUACAACUCAUGAAUUAUUUAAAGGAAUGAAACUUCUUGAAGAAGAUGAUGAUUAUGAAGUUAUUUUAAAUGAUGAUAAGCUAGUCAUUCGACAAGUCGUCCGUGAUGUUUCUUCAGUUCAAUUCAACACUGAGGAAGGGAUAUAUAAAGAAAUUGGAUUAUUUUUAAUCGAUAAUUCUAUUUCCAAUACUAAUGAUGAUAUUGUCUUGGCUGGACUUCGAGUCAUUCUUGACAAUAAUAACGAAUCUGAAUCUAAAAAUGUCCAUCAGACAAUGUUUCACAUAAAGCCAAGACAUAGAUAUUUAAACACUAGCAUUCAUUCCGAAAUCAUUCCUAAGACUGGUCUUCAUCCAAUUCUCAAAACUACAUUCCCAAACAACGCCAAUACCACCACCACAAUUAACAUCACCGAUGACGAUGUUGAAGAAUGCAGAUUGUAUUAUUAUAUCAACCUAGAAUCAUCCUUCAUAUUUGAUCAAUUCCAAUCCAUACCGGAAAACUUCAAUCUAAUUAUCAAUAAUGGAAUCAAAAAUCUCGAAUUACCAAAUUAUAAAAUCCAAAAUUGGGGUAAUGAAAUUUUAUUCGAAUCAAAUCAACCCUUUUCUAAUGUUCCCAAUCCCAUUGAAUUCACAUUACAUUCAAGAUAUCAACUCCCAAAUCAAUCCCGGGCAUAUACGAAAAUAUCCAAUUCUUUACCAAUGAUAUUCGUGGGAUGUAAUGUAAAUGAAGCAAAUUUGUUAGAUAAAUCUCCCUUUGACACUCAUAGUUCAAUUGGCGGGAAUUAUGAAGUAUAUUUCACCCCUGAUACUGUGUUUUAUCAUUUUGAUCAUGAUUUGGAAUCGAAUGUUGUGGUGGAGAUUCCGAAUGGGAUGAGUCGGUUUGAGGAUGUGAAUUAUGUGACGACGUUGGCAGUGGUGGUUGGGAUGGGGAUGGUUUUGGUGGCGGUUUUGAUGAAGGUGUUGAAGAGAGGUGGAACUGGUGAAGUUGUUAGUAAGCAGAAGAAGAAUGAGUAA